AAGAAUCCUUGUCUGAACGGGGGAAUGUGCUACUCCAUGUGGGAUGACUUUACCUGCACCUGCCCACCCAGCACAGCAGGGCGGCGCUGUGAGGAGGUCAGGUGGUGCGAACUGUCCCCUUGCCCCAUGGAUUCAGAGUGCAGGAUGCUGAACCAGGGCUAUGAAUGUUAUUCCAAUGCAACCUUCCUGAAUGACAGCACCGUGCUGUCCUUCAGGGGAAACGGACAGAUUUCCCGCAACCUGACCAACCUCUCCCUGAACCUACGCACACGGAGGCGUAACACGGCCAUCCUGCACGCAGAGAAGGGCUCUGCAUUCAUCACGGUCUCUGUCCAGGACGGUUUCCUCUUCAUGGAGCUUCAGAGUGCCACCACUGUGGGCGACAGUGAGGAAGAGGCCAUCUCUACAGUCAGCCUCAGCAGCCAGACGAGCGUCAGUGAUGGAGAGUGGCACAGUGUCCAAGUGUUCAUGUCGGCACCGUGGGCUCACGUCUCCCGGUGGACUCUAGUGCUGGAUGAAGAAAUAGAGGCAGCCAGCACUUCCAGGAGCCGAGCAGGCAACAUAGACUUCCUGAAGCAGGGGGUGGACAUCUUCCUGGGGGGCCUGUCUCCUGAUUCCGGCUGGUCCCUGGCUGGAUGUUUGGGCACAGUGGAGCUGGGUGGCAUAGCCCUGUCUUACUUCAGCUCCUCUGACGUGAACUUCCCACGGCUGCAGGAGGAGCAGUUCAUCCAGACAUCUUUGCACCCACCGCUCCUGGGCUGCGGUGGGGCCCCCGUGUGCCGGCCCAACCCCUGCCUGAACGGAGGGGAGUGCCAGGACCACUUCAACACCUACAACUGCAGCUGUGCCGAGGGCUGGGCCGGGAGACGCUGCGACUUCUUCACCAACACCUGUGCUUCCGGUCCCUGCGUCCACGGCAACUGCAGUGUGAACGGGCCGGCCUACGAGUGCACCUGUGAGUUUGGCUACGCGGGAGUGGACUGUGACGAGGAGGUGGACAUAUGUGAAGACCACCUGUGUGCACACGGGGGCACCUGUCUGCACGGGCCGGACAGAUACGCCUGCCUCUGCCCUGAGAACUACACCGGACCCCUUUGCAAUGAACGCAUUGAAGAGAUUCCGUGGUACAUUGUUGUCAGAAAUGUACGACCCAAGCUGCCCGUGUCCGUGUGCGGCGAUGACACCAGGAACUACACCUGCUUCAACGGAGGCAACUGCACCAACCGAGAGCUGUCAUGUGACUGUCCGCCAGGCUUCGGUGGACACCGGUGUGAGCAGGAGGUGGACGAGUGCCAGUCCAACCCCUGUCUGAACGGAGGCUACUGCCGCAACCUCAUCAACAAGUUCGUCUGCAUGUGCGACAUGAGCUACGCGGGAGACACGUGCCAGAUGGACGUAAGCGACAUUUACUUUUACGUGGCGUUGCUGCUGUGGCAGAACCUCUUCCAGCUGCUUUCCUACCUCAUCCUCAGGCUGGACGACGAGCCGGAGGUGGACUGGGGAGGAAACGACUGA